AUGGAGUCCCGUGGUGAGGAGAACUCGGAAUUCAUGCGCAAGGCUUCCGAUACUGGUCCCUCCAACAAGAGCUUGCCUGAACGAGAAUCCCAAGAAAGCAAUCUAGAGGAUGAAGAUGCCCGCUUGGCCGCCCUGUCGUUCAGCUGCAGCGAUCCGCUCUACGAAGCAAAGGCUCAGUUGUUGAACGAGGCUAUCCUCGACAUCGGUAUGGGACGGUAUCAAUGGCAGCUGUUCAUAGUCAUUGGGUUCGGCUGGGCCAGCGAUAACCUUUGGCCCAUAGUUACUUCUCUCAUCUUUACGCCCGUGAGAAACGAGUUCUCGCCCAGCCACCCGCCUUUGCUUACCCUUGCGCAGAAUCUGGGGCUGCUGGCCGGGGCGGUCUUCUGGGGGUUUGGCUGCGAUAUAUACGGUCGACGCUGGGCGUUCAAUCUCACCAUUGGCAUCACCGCAGUGUUUGGGCUCGUGGCUGCGAGCUCGCCGAACUUCGCGGCCAUCGCGGUCUUCGCAGCGCUAUGGUCCUUCGGGGUCGGCGGGAAUCUCCCGGUUGAUUCUGCGAUAUUUCUCGAAUUCUUGCCGUCAUCUCACCAGUUCCUACUCACCGUUUUGUCUGUCGAUUGGGCGCUUGCACAAGUCUUGGGUGGGCUUUCGAUGGUUAUGUUUUUCAUCCGAUUUGCUUGUUUUACCAUCUUUGAAUCGCCAAAGUAUCUCAUGGGUACGGGCAAAGACGAAGACGCCAUCCGGGUGGUUCACGAGGUGGCGCGGCGAAAUGGGAGAGAAUCAUCACUCACUCUCGAAGCGCUGACCAGUCUGGGACACGGCACCACACAGGGAGAGGGAGCUCGGGUCGCACUGCAACGAAAAUUAGAGAAACUUGACUCCAGCCACCUUAAAUCCCUCUUUGCGACUCCCAAGCUGGCCUGGUCAACUUCUCUAAUCACCUUGAUCUGGGCGUUAAUCGGCCUCGGAUUCCCCCUCUACAACGCGUUUCUACCCUAUAUCCAAUCCACCCGCGGCGCCAAUUUCGGCGACGGCUCCACCAACAUCACGUACCGCAACUCACUAAUCAUCGCUGUCCUCGGCAUCCCAGGGUGUUUCAUUGGCGGCUCCCUCGUCGAAACCCGAUCGCUGGGCAGGAGGGGAACCCUCGGCCUCUCAACCACGCUCACAGGAAUAUUCCUCCUUGCGUCCACCACCGCGACGACCUCCAACGCUCUCCUGGGUUGGAACUGCGCCUACAGCUUCAUGAGCAAUAUCAUGUACGCGGUUCUAUACGCGUACACGCCGGAGAUAUUUCCGACCAAGGAUCGCGGCACGGGCAAUGCGCUGACGGCGGCAGCUAAUAGGGUUUUCGGCGUUCUGGCGCCUGUUGUCGCAAUGCUUACGGACCUGGACACUGCAGUUCCCGUUUAUAUGAGCGGUGCGCUGUUCAUUAUCGCGGGGGCUUUGGCGAUAGUACUGCCGUUUGAAUCUCGGGGGAGGGCUAGUUUGUAG